AGGUAAAUAAUGUUGAAUCAAAUAUGAAAAGGCUUUUGCCUAAAAUUGUUUACAAUACGCUGGAACUUGGGUGAAGCGAGUCUGAGCGGCAGUACACAAGCAGCCAACACGUGUAUAUAUUUGAGCGGUUAUCGAAAGUCUGAGAGGGAUUUUUGUUAGGUAGAGGAUAAGAAUGGCAACUAUCAGGAAUCUAAAAAUUAAGACCUCUACUUGCAAACGCAUUGUUAAGGAGCUCGAUUCUUAUAAGAAAGAAGUUGAGAGGGAGGCUGCUAAGACUGCUUCCAUGAAGGACGCAGGAGCUGAUCCGUACGACAUUAAGCAACAGGAAAAUGUGCUUGCUGAGUCAAGAAUGAUGAUUCCUGAUUGUCACAAACGCUUGGAAGCCUCUCUCGCUGACCUAAAAGGGAUUUUGGCUGAGCUGGAGGAAUCGAAUCAGAAAGAUGGUCCAGAAAUUGAUGAAGCUAAAAGCACUAUAGCAGAUCUGGAGAAGGUGGUCGAAACAACAGACGACUAGCAUCUAGCUGUCGAUAACAAAUUUACCUCAGAGGACUUGAAUUAUGAAUUUGUGUUGGAUUACCUAGCUUUGUCUGCAAUCAGUACCGAUGAGCUGUGGUCAUGGUAUUGGUAAAAACCUAUAUAUUCCCCUGGUUGUUGUUGAUUCUAUACAUGAUGGGAAUAUAUCAUCAAGUAAUCCUUAUUGUGAGGUUUACUGGGAUUGAGUCAAUGUCCGCGAGUAAAAGGUUUUUCUUCUUCUAAA